CACAUUCCAAACGAGCCGGCAGACGCGUCAUGCCAACGACCGCGAGCGCUCCGGAGGACAUCUGUUGAAACCAUCGUAUACCCGCGAUUUUACGAGUACAAUUUUUUUUCUCUCUCCGCAGAUUCUCUGUCCCCUCUAUAUCUCUUUAUCUCUCUCUUUCUCGCUUCACCGUCGUUGGAUUUUUUUUUACUAUUGCCAUUAUCGUUAUUAGUAUCAUUUCUUUUUCUCACGCUUUGGGCGCAAGUCACCCGCUCACCAUCACGAGAAGAAAUCCCAUCGCAGCGUAGGUUCCUAAUCUGCCGUUAUUUACACGCUAUAGCGAAUAGGUAUUCAAAAAGAGCACUUUCACUCGCCCCAGCACUCACGUAUCCCUCUGCCGCCGCCGCUGCCACCCCGAAACUAUAGUAACAUCAACGCCACUGCGACUAUUGCAGCAUUGACACACCGCUGCGCGCGGCCACUCGGCGACAGCGGCGGCAGUGGCGGUGGCAGCCGGCAGUCAGUCAGCCAGACAGUCAGUCGUUCACACCGCGGGCCACGUAACCGUCGUGCUCCGCGACCAGUCUCCCACAACGGCGUAUAAAAUCUCACGUAAACGCCGUCCGGUCACAGCCGCCGCCGUCGCCGCCGCGAUCUUCGGAUCGCCGUCCCGCGGUCAUAACAGCGGUCGCGACAUGCUGCUAAACCGAAGAUUGCGGCUGGGCGGCGGCCUGUUGGCGCUGGGCGUCGUGGCGCUAUUCGCGGCACACCCGUCGCCGGUCAGGGGCGGUAGCUCGCACAACCUGGAGAGCCACCAGUACAAGGACUCCAGGAAGUGUCUGUUGCAGCUGACGGCCAGGACGUUGGGUUGUGGCGGUGGCGGCGGCGGCGGCGGCGUCAAGCGGACGAUCGUGACGACCGUCAAACGUCGGCCGGACAAGCGCCAACGUGGUGGCAGCGAUGACGACGACAACGAUUUGGAUCAGAACAAUAAUAGUUUCGAUUACAAUUACGACGACGACGGAGGUGGCGGCGGCGACGGUGGCGACGGUGCCGACUCCCGACAGACGUUUUACGAACCGCCUCUGAUCACCGACCCGAGGGACAGGAUGUUGCCCGUCAUCUACAGCCCGAGGCCCAUGUACGCGCCGCCACGCCAUCAGCAGCAACAGCCGCAGCAACCGCAGCAGCCGUACAACAGGUACGACGACCAAGGCGUCGCCCCGAUCAGCCCGUUCGAGGUGCCCAUCAUCAUCGGUAGUUAUCAAAACGUCGACGUAAAAUUGAAUCAAGAAAUGAUCCCAGAGUGUCCGCCCACUGAAGAUGGAUUCGAACGGUUUGCUUGUCCCACUCCAGACAAGGAAGGACGGUUCAGGUGCAUAGACGAUCACGUUCUGUGUGAUGGAUACAUAGACUGUCCAAAUGGCGACGACGAAGACAGAAAGAAUUGUUUCUUCUUCAAAACAACUAAAGCUCAUCUGGACAUACUGGCAGACGCUCUUCUACGGUGGGCAAGAGGACGCUAAUCCAAAAUGUAAUUUAAAAUAAUAUCUUGAUAAAACGCCUACGACAAUUUAAAUUCAAAACCCAUAAUUCAACAAAAUAACUUUCCUUCUAUAGGUUUGAUUGAAAAAUAAUAUUUUCCCUAGAAACUUGUUUAAGGUACUUAUAAAAAUUGUUCGCAUUACAUGCGUGCAAACAAACGACAAAAAUAAUUUACAGGAUAAAAUGGAGGCCUGGAAAACGAAACGCUUUUUGGCGUACUACUACUGAUGUUACACCGGUAAACAUUUCAAAAGUCUAUUAAAUUAUAUUAACCACGUUUUCCUCUUUUAUGUGCUCAUAACAUUAUGAUUUCAUUUUAAUACUACCAAGUUCCUACAAUAGUUGUUGUUACCAAGCAUGUGUCAUGUUGAUGUAUUUUCGUACGGGUUGUAUAUUAAUUUAUUGGUUUUUUUUUUAAACUCUAUCUGUGGUCAAUCAGAUCUGUGAAUGAGAUCGCAAUAAAUCAUUGUGUGUUUAUUUUAAUCGUGAAUAAUAGAACUUGUAAAUAUUAUUAUUACUAUUACUAUUAUUAUUAUAAAUAUUAAUAUUACUACUACUAUUAUUAUACUAUUAAUUUGAUUACCUAUAUUUAUUACUAAAUUUUAUUGUUCAACCUAUGCUUCCGCAUGUGUUUUUAUUGUUUCCACGGCCUUUUUUCUAGAUAAUAAUACACUAUAAAUGAAUUUUAAAAACAGAAUACAAAAUAUUCGUUUUUAUUAAAAUUAUACACAACAGUUUAUUAAAAUUAUACACGACUUUUUAUGAAAAAAAAACAAACCUUACAACACUUCUGUGUUUAUUAUUAUCAUUUGUAUUUAUUUACCCCGACAUUGCAUGUGCCUGUUCUACCCGAGUUUGUGUUUAACCCUAAUUUACCAUAAAUAUCACAUCACCUAAAUCCUAUUUAUUAUACUUUGACGGUACUAUAUAGCUUUGGAUGUUUCUUAAAUUGCACGCAGGGAUGGACAAACUAAAAACACAAGGUAUUCAUGUACGUAUUUUUAAUGAACUAUAAAAAAAUUAUGAAAAUCCUCGUGAAAUGAUUAGUGCCCAUCCCUGUAGUGUAGGUAUGUGUAUGAUAUUCAACCUGUUUAAAUAUAAUGAGACAUGCAGUUUGCACAUUUUUACAUAGUGAUGAAAACAACGUCGUAAAGGUAAGUAACCUGUAAUUUAUUCAACAAUUGCAUUACAUUUUGGUAUUUUAAAGUUCUUAUGUGCAUCGUUAUUCGUUUGUGUGUCCUCAUAAGCGAAACACGCUAACAAUACUUAGGUUUUCUUUAUGAUGAUCAUAUUACAUAUUAGUACCUGAACUACAAUUACAUAUUACAUUACGGUUUUAGAAUAAUAUAUAAUAUAAUAAUAAUAAUAAUAAUGAUAAUAAUAGUACACCAUAAACAUAAUGAACUCAGAAAUGACGAAAGAUUUUUGAGUUAAGAUGAUUAAAAUUCGUACUAUUUAAAAACACAUCUGAGUGCAUAUCCUUUACAAAUUCUAUUUGAUGCACUGGCACACACGCAUUACAUAACGUUAUAGU